AUGAUCUUAAAUUUAGAAAAAAAUGUUCUUAAAGGGUGUGUCGUAGAUAUCAAUAUUUACUUGCAGAAUCUUGUAGAGACUUGUGACUCAUUGCUCGCGGUCUCGGUGCAACAACAUUUGGUAGAAAAACUUAAACCAGUCUACUCCAUGUUGAAUUGUAUUGAUGGUGUCUCAGAAUCAGAUGCUCUUCCGAAACAAGGGGUAGAACCUACGAAGACAUCUGUUAAAGAACACAAGAAUACAUCUUGUGAUCCAGGUAAUCACGAAAAAAAGCCACAGCCAAAAUCAAAAGAUCCGAACGGUAAUGAAGCUUCCGGAUCGAAAGGAAAAGGAAUAUUAGUUGAUUCCGAUGAUGAAGAAUAA